AUGCCCGCGACCCCUGAGUUCAUGUCUUCUCAGAAACAUGUCGUUGUCGCUGGCGCCGGCGUCAUUGGAUUGCAGACAGCGCUCUCCCUUCUUGAGGCCGGGUAUACUGUCACCAUCGUGGCGAAACACUACCCCGGAGAUGAAUCCAUCGAGUACACGUCACCAUGGUAA